UCUUCAUUAUUCUUUUUGUCUUGACAUCGUUUUUCAAAGGAUUAAUUGUUGUUUACAACAGUGAAUUGGUGAUUGCCCCUAUGUGGAUCUGGAGAAAAUAUAAUUUACGUUGACUUAUUUGGUGCUUCUUGGUGGAAUGUUUAGACGUACAAUGAGAAGUGAAGUUUAUUUUGGGUUGUUUUUGGUUUUUUGUGCUUGUUGGUCUGGAAUUCUUGGAAAAGAAACAGAAGAUGCACCUCUCGAUCAUGAGAAUACCUUCUCAUGGGCCGACUACCUAGUUCUGGGUUCCAUGCUGUUCAUUUCAUGCGGAAUCGGAGUAUUCUACGGAUUUUUUAGUAACAAACAUGACAGCAGCGAGGACUUCCUAUUGGGCGGAAGUGAGAUGGGUACUAUCCCCAUGUCGUUUUCUUUGGCAGCAAGCUUUGUCACCGCAAUAGAACUUCUGGGUAACCCUAGCGAAAUGUACAAUUACGGACUGCAAUUCUGGAUGAUCUGCAUCGCUUUUUUGACGGUAGUGCCUCUCACAUCCACCUUCUAUCUGCCAGUUUUCAUGGAGUUGAGGCUCACCAGCAGCUAUGAAUAUUUUUCAUUGAGAUUCAAUCCCACUGCAAGGUACAUAGCGAGUGGCCUCUAUAUUUUUCAGAUGGUUCUUUACACCAGUGUGGCCGUUUUUGCCCCAGCUCUAGCACUAAGCAAAGUUACUGGUCUAAACGUCUAUCUGGCAGUUACUGGAGUUUACAUGGUCUGCAUUUUUUACGCUUCGCAGGGUGGAAUGAAAGCAGUAAUUAUUGCUGACACCUUCCAGACAUUUGUGUUAAUUGGAUCUCUGAUAUCGAUAGUAUGGAUUGGGCAGACAUAUUUAGGGCCAGAUGCAAAGGUUUGGCUUAACAGCUAUCAGACAGAAAGACUGGAAAUAUUCAACUUCACAUCAGAUAUGACGGUCCGCCACAGCUUUUGGUCAGUUGUCAUUGGAGGUACUUUCUACUGGCUGACUAUGUUUUGCUCCAACCAGGCAUCCAUACAAAAAUAUAUGUCUGUUCAAUCUAUAUCGCAAGUGAAGAAGGCAUUGUGGGUGUCCGCUUUCGGUCUCAUCCUGGUCUACAGUUUGAAUUUCUACACUGGCAUGAUCAUGGUGACCCGUUUCAAGGAUUGCGAUCCUCUGAAAUCUUCGGCGAUUGGUGACCCAGAUGAGCUGCUGCCGUUUUACGUGAUGCGGGAGAUGGGUCAUCUGAAAGGGAUGAUGGGAUUUUUCGUCGCUGGAAUCUUCGCUGCUAGUUUAGGGACAGUAGCAUCUGCUCUCAACAGUUUAUCAGCUGUCACCAUGGAAGACUUCAUAGAAGGAGCGCUCAAAUUCAAGGUACCAGAGUCGAAAGGUGCCUUUUGGGCUAAAUGCAUCUCUAUCAUCUACGGCGCCAUUAGUUUUGCUCUGGUUUUCAUUGUGGCGAAACUGGGCAGCGUUAUGCAGGUGGCCAUCAGUUUCAAUGGUAUGGUUGGUGGAGUCACCCUUGGACUUUUCACAUUGGGCAUGUUCUUCCCUUCGGCUAAUUCUAAGGGAGCUAUAUUUGGGAGCAUAGUUGCAGUAGCAGUGAUAACUCUGAUGUGCAUAGGACAACAAAUCUACAUAGCCAGUGGAAGUUUGGAGGAGAUCACUAAAGCAACCUGUAUUUCUGGCUGUCUCCAAAACACAACUGAAAUAACAACCACAAUAAUAGGCCACGAGGAAAUUUCACCUAUCAGCGAUCCCAUCUUCGUACUGUACAGGGUAUCCUAUAUCUGGUACUCUAUGAUCGGCUUCCUGAUAACAGUGAUCAUGGGACUGCUGGCUUCCUUUGCAACUGGAUCUGAAUGUUCCUGCGAUAUCGACGAAAGACUACUGACCCCCAUCGUGAGAAAUCAUUUUCUUUCAAAAGGAAAACUAGACUUGAAUUCAAAACUGACAGGAACUAGAAGGCCCUAUAGAGGAAACUCGGAGAACUGGUGGACUCAUUGUUUGAUUAAAUUUUACGGUGAUGAUUAUUUAUUUAUUGAUCGACAGUAUUACACUCCAAUCUAAUGUAAAUAAUAGUGAUAGUAAGAGAUUAAUUUUUAUGUAAGUUAUUUAAUUCUAUCAAUAAAUUUUUCGUAUUUUUAUAAAA